GGCAGAGUGGCCGGGAGCCGCUACUGAGCGGCCCGUGGUGUGGGAGUGAGUGGAGGCAGCCUGGCUAUCCAGUGUGACUGGCCCAGGGACCAUGGACGUGGGCGAACUUUUAAGCUACCAGCCCAACAGGGGCACAAAACGUCCCCGGGAUGAUGAGGAAGAGGAGCUGAAAACACGUCGCAAGCAGGCUGGUCCCCGAGAGCGUGGCCGCUAUCGCGAGGAAGAAACAACUGCAGUUGAAGAAACAGAUGAUGACAAAAAACGACUGCUCCAGAUUAUUGACCGAGACGGCGAGGAGGAAGAGGAGGAGGAGGAGCCACUGGAUGAAAGCUCGGUGAAGAAGAUGAUCCUCACCUUUGAAAAGAGAUCCUACAAGAACCAGGAGUUGCGGAUCAAGUUUCCAGACAACCCCGAGAAGUUCAUGGAAUCCGAGCUGGACCUAAAUGACAUCAUCCAGGAGAUGCACGUGGUAGCCACCAUGCCAGACCUGUACCACCUUCUGGUGGAGCUGAGCGCUGUGCAAUCGCUUCUCGGGUUGCUGGGACACGAUAAUACAGAUGUGUCCAUAGCAGUAGUUGACCUGCUUCAGGAGCUGACAGACAUCGACACCCUCCACGAGAGCGAAGAGGGAGCAGAGGUCCUCAUUGACGCCCUGGUGGAUGGGCAGGUGGUCGCACUGCUGGUGCAGAAUCUGGAGCGCCUGGAUGAGUCUGUGAGGGAGGAGGCGGACGGCGUCCACAACACCCUGGCUAUUGUGGAAAACAUGGCCGAGUUCCGGCCCGAGAUGUGCACGGAGGCUGCCCAGCAGGGCCUUCUGCAGUGGCUGUUGAAGAGGUUGAAGGCGAAGAUGCCCUUCGAUGCCAACAAGCUGUACUGCAGUGAAGUGCUGGCCAUCCUGCUGCAGGACAACGACGAAAACAGGGAAUUGCUCGGGGAGCUGGAUGGAAUCGACGUGCUGCUUCAGCAGUUAUCUGUGUUCAAGCGGCACAAUCCCAGCACUGCCGAGGAGCAGGAGAUGAUGGAGAACCUCUUUGACGCCCUGUGCUCCUGCCUCAUGCUCAGCUCCAACCGCGAGCGCUUCCUGAAGGGGGAGGGCCUCCAGCUGAUGAACCUCAUGCUCAGGGAAAAGAAGAUCUCCCGGAGCAGUGCCUUGAAAGUGCUGGACCAUGCCAUGAUUGGGCCUGAGGGCACAGACAACUGUCAUAAGUUUGUUGACAUUCUUGGCUUACGAACCAUCUUUCCUCUGUUUAUGAAAUCUCCCAGGAAGAUCAAGAAAGUGGGCACCACCGAGAAGGAACAUGAAGAGCAUGUCUGUUCGAUCCUGGCUUCCCUCCUACGCAACCUGAGAGGGCAGCAGCGGACCCGGCUUCUGAAUAAAUUCACCGAGAAUGACAGCGAGAAGGUUGACAGACUAAUGGAGCUGCAUUUUAAAUAUCUGGGUGCAAUGCAGGUGGCCGACAAGAAGAUUGAAGGGGAAAAACAUGACAUAGUCCGGCGUGGGGAGAUCAUCGACAAUGACAUGGAGGACGAGUUCUACCUGCGGCGCUUGGAUGCCGGACUCUUCAUCCUCCAGCACAUCUGCUACAUCAUGGCUGAGAUCUGCAAUGCCAAUGUUCCCCAGAUUCGCCAGCGGGUUCACCAGAUCCUCAACAUGCGCGGAAGCUCCAUCAAGAUCGUCAGGCACAUCAUCAAGGAGUAUGCAGAGAACAUCGGAGAUGGCCGCAGCCCCGAGUUCCGGGAGAAUGAGCAGAAGCGUAUCCUGGGCUUGUUGGAAAAUUUCUAGAGCCUUCCCUCCUCCAAGCAACGUAGACUCUCGGGCUCCCUCCCAGGACUGUUUUUACACAGCUGUGUGUCUUUGAACAAAUUAAAGCUAGUUUUGGUA